AUGACCUCUGCCAAAAGUCCCGACGCAGUUGCCUCCAGAGAUCCCUUCGAGCUCGACCGACUCGCCGAGGAGCUCGCGGUGCGCGAAGCAUCAGCCAAACGAGCGAAUGGCACAGGAGAACACGACGAUCUACCGGAAGAGGCGCACAAACUACCGGUGCACGUUCCCCUCUCCCACAACGACGCUUACCUCUCCGCCGAGUCUUUUGACGUCGAGCAAUUCCUCCUUUCGCGCGCAUACACCUCCCUCCCCGAUCUCCGCACCGAGCUCAGAGACUAUCUCUCUACGCUCAAGGAGGAGCUGGUAAAGCUCAUCAAUGAUGAUUACGAAGCGUUCAUUAGCCUCAGCACUGAUCUCAGAGACGAGGCGACCGUUGGGGACUUGAGAACGCGCGUCCUCGAUGCCCGGAAAACGCUCCAGGUUAUCCAGGACGAGAUCAAAGAAAAACUUGACUGCCGAACAGUCAUCCGCGAGGAAAAGACAUUCCUCCAUCUGCUUCUCAAGAUCUCAGAGUCCAUUACCCGACUGGAAAGCUUAUUGCUCAUCUCCUCGCCAGGCGAUCCUGAGCCGGAAUCUGCUGUCGUUGGCAAUAUUCCUUUGCAGCCUCGCUCAGAGACCAAUCUCGAGGACAGGUCGCGAGGGAAUCGUGCUAAGCACAUAGCUCGGGUUGCUUCUGAGUAUACCCAGCUGUUGUAUCAUAUCUCUCGGGCAAGGACUGAACCUUGUGCCUUCAUCGACGAGUCUCAAUGGCGCGUCGAUCGUAUCAAGUCUACAUUGUCGUCCGAUCUUGAUCAUCUCUUCUCGACCACGCUGAGGAAAGCCAGCAAAGUCACCGAGAUCGAAAAGUCCAAGCUAUACGCUGACAUAACGGAGUGCUUGCGUACCUAUGAUGUCCUGGGGCUCUGGCGCGACGCCGAGGAUGUCCUGAGGCGAGAGGUAGUCAGGGAUUUCACAAAGAAGACUAUUUAUCCUGGAGCACUCUCUGCUCCGCACUCCCCCGUUGUUCCUCAUACACCUGGAUUCCCAUCGCGAGCUGGAUCAUCACCUGCUCCUCCCGUGACGGCUUCCUUCCCUCCUCGAACGCCAUACACUCCCUUCACGGCCUUCGCCACCAAGCAGAAUCCGUUCGAAUUCGCCCUGCGCGCAGACACAGGUGCAAGUUCUGGCUCCGCCUCGCACGCGCACAUCCUCGACGAAACGGACGACACGCUUGCAGCACUGUACAACGCCGUCCUCCGUUUCAUCGACCGCGACAUACGUCGUGUAAUGGAGAUCGCAGAGGCCGUAUGCGUCAAGUCCGGCUCGCGAUCCGACUCACAGCGCGAUGGGGAAGAGCCCGGGUUCGACAUCAUGGCGAACGUUGUAUGGUCCGAGAUCGGCCGCUCACUCAUGGAUGAGCUGGGAUCCGUUAUUUUCGCAGCAGGCAAGCCGGAUGAGUUUCGCAAGCAUCACGAGACGACGCAAGCGUUCAUCCGAGCUCUCGAGUUCCUUGCCCCAUCUGUGCAAUCUGUGGAAGCGAUGCGCAAGCACAUUGUUUAUACCUCGUUUGAACGGCGAUGGCAGUUGCCGGUGUACUUCCAGCUGCGAUGGAAAGAGAUUGUCUCAAGAUUAGAGGAAGCUCUUCUCAAUACCAAGCUGGAGAGGUCAGCAACAAAGGUAUUCGCCCCGUUUGUGACACCUCAAGCAGUUGCUGUUCUCGAUGCCAUCCGUGCCAGUUGGAGCGCAGAGGUCUACAUCCCUGAGCUCGCGCCCAGAUUCUGGAGAUUCACAUUGCAGAUCCUGAGCCGAUACCAAACAUGGCUUGAUAAAAGUCUGCCUCCCUUCGAGCCUAAUGCAAAGGUUGCAGCCGCCGUUGCAGCCGAGCGCGCUGGGGUUGCCGUUUCGCCGGCAGUGCGGUCCAGCACACCGAUACCGACGGAAGCAGCUUCUGCGGAGAGUAUCGCUGCUGACGACAUGCUUCUGCAGCAAUUCGCCACCGCAGUGACCGACAUCAAGGCGAUGGAGAUCGGUGUCCUAAAGUUGUGGAUGGAGGAGCUCAACACGAUGCUUCCCGACGCGUCUUCGUCCGAGGGCGAGGAAGGGACAAGUGCAGAAGACGCCUUGAAACAUGCCCUUUCCAGGCUCACAACGCUUGCCCCCACCCUCCUCAACCAGAUCGUCGUCAUUCUGGCUCGGCGCGGCUGCGACGCCCUCCUUUCGAUGCGCUCCAUCCCGUCACAAUUUCGCGCAAUGUCGUCCAACCAGCGUGUCCCCACGGAACCUAGCUACUUCGUGUCCCUUGUCUUUAAGCACACCAAGGCCUUCUUCGCGAUUCAGACAGUUGAUGGUCCCGGGUCGGCGCUCAAGGACGCAUAUCUCAAGGUCGUCGCGGAAGAGGUGUUCGAGAUUGUGGCGCAACGAUACAUCUAUUUCCUCGCGGCCAUGAAGAAGACCGAGGAGUCGCUCCGACGGCUGAAGAAGGGUCAGCGUUCGACGUACUCCCUCUUCGGCUCAAGUUCGCGCGAAGAUGAUGCCCGAGCGGACGAAGAAAAGAUCCGGACACAGAUGAUCCUCGACGUAGACGCUUUUGGGCGAGAGGCAGAGUCUCUUGGGGUCGGGGUACAGGAGAGCGCGACAUACCGGAGCUUGGCUGAGAUGGCUCGGUCCAGUCUCACGGAGGAAAGCUGA